CACUGUCAACUUGGAGAGACAAACAUGCAGUUGCAGAUAUUGGGAUCUAUCUGGUUUGCCAUGUUGCCAUGCUAUAAGUGCUAUCUACACUGUACACAAGGACUUGGAUGAUUUCAUUGCUCCAUGUUACAGGAUAGAUGUGUAUGACCAGGUAUACAGCCAUGUAUUGGAACCAGUAGAGGGAAAUGAGAGUUGGCCAGUAGCUACAAAUCCUAGGCCUUUUCCACCGGUUAAAAUGAAAAUGCUAGGAAGGCCUAAGACAGAGAGAAGAAGGGAAGAGCAGGAGAAGCCUAAAGGCAACAAAUUGUCAAGAAAAGGCUGCAUUCAAAGAUGCUCAAUGUGUGGCUCCGAAAACCAUAACAAAAGAAAGUGCAAUGGUAAUCCAGAUGUUGUGAAUGAACGUGCGCAGCAGAAUAAAGCAGCCAAGAGAAGUAGAAAAAAAAAGAGAUGAAGCAACAACCCAGGAAGCUAGCUCUUCUGCCCAGCAACAACAUGCGCAACAGCAAGAAAAACAUGUGCUCUAUGUCGAGAAGAAAAGUAUUGCCAAGAACCAAGCUCCAGGACAUGCCCAAGCUCCAGGACAUGCCCAACAGCAAGCUCCGAUGCGUGUCCAGCCAAGGCAACAACCUAGGCCUUCUGUUCCACCAAAGAAGAAGCAAAAGAGAUCAUGUGAUGGAGCUGGACAAUCAAGUUCUCAACCAAUUGAUGGAGCUAGUCAAUCUUCUGCCAGUGUGCAAAUUCGAAGAACUCAAACAAUUCCAAUGUCCGAGGUAGUGACAGAACGUGUUCCAAAACGCGGGAGGUUGAAGUGGUACUUAUGUGGCAAUGAAGGUGGACAUGGACAAGAGUAGUCAAUUU